UUUAAAAAAGUAGAGAAACUUCAACUCUUGGCGAAUGAGUGAGUUUUCGUAGAAAUUUAAUUACUUGUAACUUCGUAACAAUACAAUCUGACAAUAUUUUUUGAUAUAACCAACGGAUUUUACUGUAACAUUAGUGAUAAAGAUAGUGAAGCUGCUUUUACUAUGUUUGCGUUCAGAUAAAAGCUGUGUCGCUGCGUAAUUUUGAUGUGUUUACGGCCAGUACGAUGUCAAGUCGCGCCGCCCGUCGGCCCCGCUCGCCAAGCCCGGCCGUGCCGCGGCUUCGAUAACCGAACCAAAUCGAGCUUCGACAUUACUUAAAUUGUGAUACUUAAACCAACCUAUUUAUAAUGUGACUUUUGUGAUUUUACUACAUAUUUAUAUACUAGUAAUUAUCGUGUGCCUUAAUCGUAACAGAUUCACAAUUAGUUUUAACGCGCCGCUGCGGUUGUAAGCCGCACCAAUGGAUUCCGAAUCAUCACAAGCAUCUAAUGUUAAGAAAGAAAAGACUGAGAGAAGCAAUGCCGAGGAGACGCAAGAAAUGGAGACGAAUGGUAAUCACAACACGGACGAGACGCUAGACGAGGUUGUCCGGCAGAUGAGCCGGCUGGCCGAGUCUGGUACCGAGGGAGACGAACUAGCCAGUGCUAUUAACUACAACACCAUCACAUCUCUGGCGGCGCUCAAAGACUUGCUCCAGGGCGAGGGUGGCGACAACCCUGAAGCGGACAGCUUCUUCCAGCACUACUUCAUGAAUCAUUGCAAUAACUUGUCGUCGCGCGCCGCUGGGUCCCCCUACCCUUACUCUGAACGCCGCCGCCUGUCCCAGUGCAGAGAGGAAGACGAAGACGAUGAAAAGAAAGAGUCAGACCCGAGCCCCUCGCGAACCAGCUUCGUAAGCCCCUCCAAGAAGAAGACUGAAGUGGACGAUGACAAUAAUCCGAUAGCGGAAACCGACGAAGAUGAUAAUAAGAGAAUGGUGCAAGGAGCUCAUCACAAGUUCGUAGUUACUCCGACAAAGCCACCACUAUCUAAGGUAGAAAGAGCUUUGAGGACCCAGGUUCAGGGUUCCCACACGGUGCACUUCGGCACUCAAGGCGCCGAGGAGCAGAGGCCCAAUGUGAGGGCGAUAUUCGCGGGGCAGAAUCUCCAUCACGAUAAGAAGUACUUUGAUAGCAGCCUCGUGAACAUCAAGUGUACGGUGGACGGGUCAGCCACCAGUGCCGAGGACAUCUGGGUCAAGAGGGUGGAACCGGUAAAGGCACAAACCCCAACAGAAUCGCGCAAAGCAUCAACGGAACCGCACAAAGACAAAGUGGCAGUGAAAGAUGAUAAAGUAAAAGUCAAAGUUGACGUAGACCCUGCAGAGUCGAGGCCGCGCGCCGGUACUUGGAGCUCACAGACCGCUAAGAAGGAGCUGGAAUUGGCUAAGAAGGCCAAGAAGGAUUCCGCUAGGAAGGACAGCGAUGAACGGAGACAGAAACGAGAGCAAAGGUUGGAUGCAGCUAUUACGAGAAGCUCUCAGUCGGUGGCCGAGCGGCGCAGGCGCGGGUCAGCUGAUGAUGGCCAGCCGCAUCAGAUGUACCAGCAGACCAUCCAUGGUACAUCGGGCGUCAGCCGGCGGCCGGCGCUGUUCGACAUCUUCCGUCCGAAGGCGCGCCCCGAGCCGAAGGUCAAGCAGACCUCCAUCAUGCAGAGCUUCCGGAAUGCUGUUCAGAACAUGACGAAAUCCUCCACUCCGGCCAAAGAGACGGGCAAGUCGGUGGACGCGGAGGCGGUGGCCACCGUGAAGACAAGGGACGGGUCCGCCCAUCCACACCCCGGCAGUGAUACCAGAUACUACCACACAGUGACGGCAUCAACCUCGCGUCGGCCCAGUGCCAUGGCGAAGGUCAUGGACAUCUUCCGAGGACGAUCCAGCAGCCAGGCCAGCCCGGACCCGCCGGAUAAGAAGAAAACUAGAUCCAGUUCGCACCAACAUGGCACAGCAGGAGCACACCUACGUCGCGCGGCAUCUCAAGAGGCGGAGAAGCGGCGCUCGUCGCUGGGCAACGUGCCGCCGAUGCGACACCGAGCGUCCGACGCCUUCCUCGACCCGCACCACGCCGCCAUACUGUUUAGGGACUCUAGGGGGUUGCCGGUCGCUGAUCCGUUUCUGGAAAAGGUCAGCCUGUCAGAUUUAGAGGAGGACGAGUCGCAGAUAUUCGUCAAGUUCUUCAAGUUCCACAAGUGCUACGACCUCAUCCCGACCUCCGCCAAGCUGGUGGUGUUCGACACGCAGCUGCUGGUCAAGAAGGCGUUCUUCGCGCUCGUCUACAAUGGCGUCCGCGCCGCGCCGCUGUGGGACAGCCAGCGGCAGAAGUUCGUCGGCAUGCUCACCAUCACGGACUUCAUCAAGAUCCUGCAGAUGUACUACACGAGCCCCGACGUGGCCAUGGACGAGUUGGAAGAGCAUCGGCUGGAGACUUGGCGACACGUGCUGAAAGGCUCGGUCAUGCCUCUCGUCUCCAUCGGUCCGGACUCGUCCCUGUACGACGCGAUCCGGAUGCUGAUCACGAACCGGAUCCACCGGCUGCCGGUCAUCGACCCGGACACCGGCAACGUGCUGUACAUACUCACGCACAAGCGGAUACUGCGCUUCUUGUUCUUAUAUAUCAACGAGCUACCCAAGCCAGCCUACCUCCAAUGCAAGCUGCGUGACGUCAAGAUCGGCACCCUGGCCGACAUCGAGACAGCCAAUGAGGAGACCUCCAUCAUAGAUGCCCUCAAGAAGUUUGUGAACCGACGCGUCUCGGCGCUGCCGUUGGUGGAUGAGCAUGGCCGCUUGAAGGACAUUUAUGCCAAGUUUGAUGUUAUUAACCUGGCCGCAGAGAAGACCUACAACAACCUGGACGUGUCACUGAAGAAGGCCAACGAGCACCGCAACGAGUGGUUCGAGGGCGUGCAGAAGUGCACCCUGGACGAGACCCUGUACGAGGUGAUGGAGAGGAUCGUCCGGGCCGAGGUGCAUCGUCUAGUCGUCGUGGACGAGGAAGACAAAGUGAUCGGCAUCAUAUCUCUGUCGGAUCUCCUCAUGUACCUAGUUCUACGUCCCACGGGCGACUGCGCCCCCAACCCUAGCGGCACCUGCAGUCUCAGAGCAGACAGCCUCCACGCCUCAUCCAUCGAGGAGAAAGACGAAGAUAAACAGGAGACAGAGAAGGACAAAGAGACGCCAAUAGACAACAUACCAGAGAGCAAGGAAGAGGAAACGGCAGAGUAAGUUGCGGUUACGUUGUGUUUGAAUUGAUAUGUGAGAUUCUGUUGAAGGGAAUUUGCGAGUGAAAAGCCCAUUCGCUCGCGCGAUCACUGAAAAUGUUAAAGGAAAUAUAACGGAUGUUCACAUUCCCGUUUGUGAAGCAGCGUGCUUAGGACACGAGCUUGAAAUGUGAAUACAUGCGUCUGUGUAAGGCAGAGGUUGCGUUCGUUAACAGACUAUGUUCUGAGAUAUGACUUUAUUUCUUCCAAUAGCUGGCAAAUUAUUAGGAUUUUAAGAGUAGCUGAUGCCUUAUUCGGUGUCUGUGGUUCAAAUUGUUUGCCAAGCUUUGUAAUCACUGCGGUCGUAACCAAAAAUCUUUAAAAUAAUUACGUAUGGAUAAGUUCAUUUGUAGAUACUUGCAAUGCAAUGUGAUAUUGUUUUUAAAUGUAUUAUACGCUUCUUAAUCCUGUAAUAAUGAGUGUGCCGAUAUUAUAUCAAAACAGUUCUUGCUUGGUUGUCUGAUUUCCAAAUGUUGUGGAUUCGUCAAUUGGAUUUGUCAAUUUUGCAAGAUGUAUUUUGUGAAUAUUAAUGACCACAACAUUAUAAGGUGGUUCGAGUGAAACUAUUUUUUGUGCGUAAAUGAAUGAAUGCUUUGCAAGAUCAUGUCUUAGCUAUUGGACGCCGUGCAUCCGCCCAUCGGAUGGUUCCUCGUCAGAAAUUGCUGACAGGACUUUUUUACGGCAGAACCUCCGAAUAUUGAUAUUGGCUGAUUGAUUUUUCUAUCCUUGGAACAACUUGAUUUGACUAUUUUAUACGACUCGUUUUUAAUGUCUAGUUAAUUUGAUACGGAAACUAAUAUGAUGCCAUCCAUAUUUUGUUCACUAUGUGAUGCAAUCGACUUGGUACGGGUUUAUAUAGUUUGCAUUAACUAUGAUGUUUGCUGAAUAUGCAUAUUAGGUGAAAACUAUAAAAUCUCUACUAAGGAUAAUGAAUAAUAACAACAAUAUAAUUUAAAAUAAAUUGAAGAGCAAACCUUAGUUUGUUUCAUAAUAAUCAUCCCUGUGUUUCCUACAUUUUUAUUAUUAUGUAAGUAAUACUAACUAAUAUUUUUCUAUAUUAUAAGUGAACCUCCACAAACGUCCUUCCCUGCAACUCUUUAACAUAUCUAACCCCAGAAAAGCUCCUAAAACUUAUAUUAUACCAAGUAUAUGUCUUGGUUUGUUAAAAAUUAAAAAGCUAUAGAGCCAAAGUCCAAUGUAGCAUGAUUAAAAUGAACGGCAAGUUAAAUAAUAAGGUUGUGAAUGCCACAAUUGAGCGCUUGUGUCCAAUAAAAUUUACUUACUUUUGAUAAAAGUUUAUUCCUAUUUUUAUAGUGUCGUCAAUUUUAUCAUUAAUAAAGAUUUGAAAAAACAUAUUUAGUAUUUAUAAACAAAAAAAUGUAUCACCGACGCACUAGUGCUGGUGUAAAAAUUUCUAUAUCGCAACGACAAUACGAUGUUAGCAAUGUAAUCGAAUAAGUGAAUCUAUUGUGUGUUUCUACAACAUGUGGUAUGUUUAAAGUAAGUUUUCUUUAUCAUAGGUUAACAAGGUUGAUCGGUGAGACCGAAUAUACUCGCAAACACUUGAAUUUCGGACUAACGGGACUAAUCUGGAUAAAAUACUUUCGACUGU